CUCAGGAACUCCAUCAACCUGACGGACGGCACCUUCACCUUCCACCUCGACCUCAGUGUCUACAACGCCCUCUUCCCGCAUCUGCAGCGCUACCGAUGCAGAGAAGUGAUUUCCGAGGAGAGCUGGUGCCAGGGGGCCCAGGGCACACCGCUCCUUCUCUUGGCAGUCAAGUCCCACCCGACGUCAAGCCAGAGGAGGGCCGUCCUGCGCCGCACCUGGGCCCACCGGAGGGAGGUGGGGGGCUUCCAGCUCCAGCCCAUUUUCCUGAUGGCCACGACCUCCGACGACAGGCAUGCCAGCCUGGUGCAUCGGGAGAGCCACGAAUUCCGGGAUGUCUUGAUGUGGGACUUUGCAGAGUCGCAUCACAACCUGUCCCUCAAGGAACGCUGCUUCCUGCAGUGGCUCCACAACAACUGCCAGACAGCGGCCUACAUCUUCAAAGGCUUCUGCACCUGACACUCGGAAGGAGUCACAAGCUUUGGGUCCUGGCAGCGGUUCUCAUCGCCGUUAUUCUGUAUACUAGCUUCAACCGUUGGCAACACUUUUUCCUCUAUCGCAGAUCCAUCCCCCUGAUAUUGGGUGCUUGCACCUUCCACCUCGACCUCAGUGUCUACAACGCCCUCUUCCCGCAUCUGCAGCGCUACCAAUGCAGAGAAGUGAUUUCCCAGGAGAGCUGGUGCCAGGGGGCCCAGGGCACACCGCUCCUCCUCUUGGCAGUCAAGUCCCACCCAACAUCAAGCCAGAGGAGGGCCGUCCUGCGCCGCACCUGGGCCCACCGGAGGGAGGUGGGGGGCUUCCAGCUCCAGCCCAUUUUCCUGAUGGCCACGACCUCCGACGAGAGUCAUGCCAGCCUGGUGCAUCGGGAGAGCCACGAAUUCCGGGAUGUCUUGAUGUGGGACUUUGCAGAGUCGCAUCACAACCUGUCCCUCAAGGAACGCUGCUUUCUCCAGUGGCUCCACAACAACUGCCAGACAGCGGCCUACAUCUUCAAAGGGACCGACGACAUCUUUGUGAACCCAGAGGCCCUGAUGGAUUACCUCAGCAACCUCCCCAAAGCCUCCCUCGUGAUCCACGGCAACCUGCAGAACGAGGUGGCUGUAAUGAGGGAAGGGAAGUAUGCCACCCCCUACCUCCUCUACCCACUGGCCCACUACCCGCCCUUUGUCUCUGGAGGGACAGUUGUGUCAGGACACUCCAUCCCAGCACUCUACAAGGCAUCACUUCGCCUUCCCGUCUUCCCUCUCCACGAGGUGUAUUUUGGACUCUUGGCUUUGGCGGCCGACAUCAGCAUCCGGCACGACGGACGCUUCAGAGUGUGGGGGCCUCCGAAGGAUGAACCCAGAGCGUACCAGGAGUCCUUCACUGUGCACAGGGUCUCGAUGGAGAGGAUGGAGGAAGUAUGGAAGGUGCUUUGGGGCCUCCGCUGAACAAAACAUGAACCCACGAAGUGGAUGGAGUCAGCACGGAAUUAGGUAGACACACACACACACACACUUGUUUGUGGUUUGGUUGACGUGUCCAUCGUUCCCUCUGAAGCUCCUGGCUCGUCCCAGGCAGGGGCCGGCCAAUUUAACGGCUUUUUGUUUGGACAUCCUUAAUCUUUAGAAUGGCCUUUACCAACCUGGUGCCCUCCAGAUGUUUUAGACCACCACUCCCCGCACAUGCUAAAAGUGUGUAGCCCAAAACAUCUGCAGAGUACCGGGUUGGCAAAGGCUGCUUUAGAAAAAAUGUCUCUGUUGGUAGUUCUGGAAUAGCUGAGUUUUUUCUUUUGCUCCUCAAAGCAAAGGAUCUCACACAGAGCAGGUAGAAGAGAGUCUGCAGAACCCUGAAGGUCCUCUGGUGUGACCUCCCUGCUCCCUGCUUGGGAUGGCUCCAAGCCUACACAAGCCUGCCUUUUUUGCUCAGUCCCUUGACAAGAGUUACACUUGUAAAAUGCUCCCCCGUCACAGAGAGGGACAGCACAUACACGUAUGUACACAAGGAGAUGUGCGGAAACUAUGGCCCUCCAGCUGCAGAACUACAACUCCCAUCAUCCCUAGCUGGAGCUGAUGGGAGUUGUAGUUCCACAGCAGCUGGUGGGCCAAAAGUCCCCCACACCUGACAUACAGGAAGAAAUGCACCUGAACAACAGCAUCUGUUUGAGAGAGGGUGGCAGAGGAGCGCAUACAAGACAGACAUCCAGCUGUAGAAAUCACAGCUAAGCAUAGGAUGGAUGGCAGGAGGCCCAGGAGUGGGAGCCUGGGUUUCAAACAUUAGAGAUUUGGGGGAGAUAAACCACCACUAGAUAUAUAUAUAGAGAGAGAGAGGGCACACCCAGCUAGGUGCUUCUAGGUGACCUAUCUAAUAAACUCUGUACGUUACCUUCAGCUUUGCUGAAGAGGGAAGCUCUGUUUUGCAGAACUCCAUUCUCCAGGGUUGAAAGAGGUUGAGCAAACCUGUAUGGCACUGAAAAGCCGGCUAGGUGGGGAUGGUAUGCCUAAAAUCAGCUUGGAAAGUCACCAUCUCCUUUCCCUGUGUACCCAAAUAUAUUGCUUAAAAAGCAAUUGCUGUGUUGCCUUUUAAUGGUUUUUUUUAAAAAAAGUUUUUAGAUUGUUGUACAUUGGCCUGAUAUUUUAUGUGGGGGUAGUAGGUAAAUGUUUUUAUAAAUCAAUAAAUGUGUGUUGAGGUGUGGACAGGCCACACAAUGGUGGUAAAACAGUGCAACUGCCCCAAAAUGGAGUUCAGAUGGGAGAGUUUAUUGAAAUCUCAUUGGAAAAGUUAACGUGAAACGCACACACAAUUUCUUUUCUGGGGGUGGGGAAGGGAGAUCACCACACAGGGAGGGUCAAGCAGGAAAAGCAGUAUUUUAUUUUUUUAAAAAAAGCUAGAAGAAAAAGAGGAGCAGAAAAAUUAAACCCAACUUGGCAGGCCUUCUCUCUCGGCUCAAAAGAAAUCAGCGUCUUCCGGGGCAUCCAGGUCCCUGUAUUCCACGAUUGCACGAGGGUCUCCUCGGACCAUCCUGUCAAGAGACGGCGGGUGAGCUGCAGAUGUCUGGGCUUGGCUCUGCUCUCUCCCCUCCCAGGGAACAUGACACCUACCAGGCACUCCCCUCCCUCCCUCCCCAGCAGGUUUACAGCCAAGAUCUACUCUUCUGACUUUCAUUGUAUUUGACACACACACACACACCCCUACCUGUUUCGUGGUUUGUUCAGAUAGCCACCCUGCCCUCUGAAGGUGUCAUAGUUCCCCCUUCCAGCAGCAUAUGGGGCUGGUGGGUAAGGAGGGCCGCCUGCAACAGAUGAAAAGGGGGGGGAUCAUCAGAACGUACACAGUGCCUAUUAUCAGUGUCUCUUGGGAGGGUGCCGGUGGCUUUUGUUCUUGUUAAAUAAAGCAGAGUAAGUCUCAUUAACGAUACAUACAUGAAUU